AUGUUUCGUGCCUAUGCGGAUCAGAGCAAUGAAGACAGAGAAGAAGGAGAGUGCGAAGACGAUGACCGAUAUUCGUCGUUCGAUCAGCAAAAAAUACUGGAAGCUCGCAAUAGGCCUGCCCUAGCAGCAUCUUGCAAAUCGAGCAUCGUUGGUCUUAAAAUUGACUUGUCUCCAGUAUUCGGAUUCAUGUUUGUAUAUUUGCAGCGUGAAAGUAUCGCGAGAGCGCAGCAUCUGGUCGAAAGGGAGAAGAAUUUGAAUGCAUUGAGGUACAUCAACAGCGACUCGGAUGACGACGAAGUCCAGAUUGUUGUACGUUGA